AUGAAUGAUUCAAUAUUGAAUUCUGUUUCAACGGAAAUAUCAGUGGAACAAACAUUUGAAGAAGAUCCGUGUGCCUAUUAUCAACAGCCAUAUCAUCGUGAAAGAUUCAUACUUGUAGCCGUUAUUGGGACAUUUGUGGCUGUCAUCAAUAUCAUCGAAAAUGUUUUUCUUAGUUUUAUGUUAUUCACAAAAAAAUCUUAUCGUUCCUCGUAUAUGCUCUAUCUGGCCUUAUUGGCUUUUUUCGAUAUUUUCAUUGCCGGAGCUUAUAUUCCGUUAAUGAGCUUAAGCCAUAUCGUUGAUUAUUUACAUUCUGUGGUAUUACUUAGAGCUUGGUUUACAUAUAUGAUCCCGAUGAUAACAAUCUCCCACAUAGCCAUGACAGCUUCAUCAUUUUUAAUGGUUGCUGCAAGCUUCGAGCGAUAUUGUGUGACAGUUCAAUCUAAAUACACAAAAUUUCUCAAUCAUCAUCGAUUCAAAAUAGCUGCAAGCAGUGUUUUUCUGGGAGUUUUAACGAAAGUAACACAUGGAUUAGAAUUCAGUAUAACUAUUCAAGAACCUUGUGUUGGCACAAUGAAUGAAUAUUCACUUGAAUUAUCUCCAUUGGCUCUAAAUGAAACAUAUGCAGCUUUUUGGAAAAUAUGGAUUCGCUCUGUGUUGACUAUUCUACUGCCAUUUACAUUGCUUGCUAUCAUGAAUAUUCGAAUCGUCCUCGUAAUUCAACGAACCGAGUUUCAAUUUCUCAAUGUUCAAAAGCUUAGUGAAGCAAAAAGAAAGAGCCGAGUUCGAGCAGCAACGAGAACUUUGGUUUUCGUUGUUUUUACAUAUCUUUUAUCAAAUGUUCUGAAUGUUAUUAUAACAAUCUGGGAAUACAUAGAUUAUGACGGAUUAACACAAGAUUUGGCUGCUUUUUACCUCAUUUCCGUGGAUGUGGUUUCCUUAUUAACCAUAUUUGCCGGAGCAUUACGUUUUCCCAUUUAUAUGACAUGCCAAUCAGAGUUACGUAAAGAAUUCAUAUCGAAAUUGAAAAAAAUGUAUUAUUGGAGUCCAUAUAAGGGCUAUGAUCCAGCUUCGAAUGCAAUGGAGGAACUUAAAAAAUCGGCCGAAGAUGGAAUGGAGGAGACCGAAAGCCGUUAUCCUGGUCUCCUUGUUCAUCUGAGUACGGUAUUGAUCAAAGCUGAAUCAAAUGAUACCGUAAUCCGCAAAGAUCAGCGAACAGAAUUGAACAAUUUUUCUUAA